AUGUCUUCAUAUUGCUUCACCGAGUGUCCACCGCCACAGCAGGCUUGGUACAAGGAUGAAGCUCUGUACGAGUUCACGUCCAGCGACCUCUUCUGGCUUCUGGCCAUCGCCAUCAUGGUCAACUGCUGGUGGGUGGACAAGCAAUUUGUACCGUUCGCCGAGCUUGUGGAUGAUCCGAAAGAGCCUGAAAAGGCAGAGAAAGAGGCCGACAAGGUCCUCAAUGAGACGGACAGCACUGAAUCACCACAGUCCUCCACCUCACGACAUGUCUGGCUCAAGUCACAAAUCACAUCCGAGCCCCGCAGGUGCCUCGCAAUGACCAUCUGCACCCUCGUCUUCCCGGUUCAGCUCCUCCAUGGGUCUUGGGUGAUCAGAACACUCUGGCGCUGGACGGCUGCCCUUUUCAAGGCCACAUAUCCUUCCAUAAGGCCGCGGCUCUUCGGUUUCAUUCUCUAUUCGCCUAUCACCUUGUUCAUACUGGUUACAUGGAUCGCAUGUCUGUUCACAGGCCUGUUUUUUAUCUUUGAACAGUUCCUUUGCCUUCUCAACAUAAACGAGAUGAAGUUGAGUGUGCCGUCAAAGACGAGUGAGACGGUUGCGCAGCAGGUUGAUGAGGAGUGGGACGAGGUCGAGAAGAACAGUGAGCAGGGAGAGGUAGCCAAGGAGAAGAACAAGGCGAAUCUGGCAGACUAA